AUGCGUCGAGUUCGAGAGCUACGCUUCUUCCCUCCAGUCCUUCGGCCGAGAAUUAGUCCCUACACCUCUCGCAGUCCGUCUGGCCUGCCUAACGCGCAAUCCGAGCUGGAUGGCCAGUUUUCAAGCAAAUUGGGUGACUUUCGUGGCAAUAUAAGUCACUUCUUUCAUGGGCAGUCCCUUAGAAGAUGCCUCGAGGAUGCGACCAUUGUUCUUCCCACGCUGGGCAGAAAACUUGUCCUGCAACGCCUCCUCAACCCACAGGGAGACUGCCAAAUGCCAAAUGAUGUUGGCCCGAGAAGAGAAGGGCAUGAGCGAUGGUACCAACUUGUUAGCGGUGAUUUACACAUCUUUGCUUAUCCACUCGGGCGUCAUUGUAUCGGUGGUCGAGACUAUUGCGUCCGGGGUGUAAAGCGGACAACGGGGAAUAUGGCUGUACGCCUUGGCAGUGGAUUCGACGCGGAACAGAGCAAGAUGCACUUCAUUCUGGAGAGUAUACGUCACAAUUUCCAUCACACUCACCCUCUGUACUCUGGCAUCUUGUAA